GCUUCCCACCCAGAACAGCCAAGAAACGGCGCAAACCAAGCGAGGAGAAACUCUUCGACCCCGCAGUUUUACCUCACAAACUUUCCGAGAUCACGUUUAGCCCGUUACUCGGUCGCCUGCGUGGUUUCCUGGCGUUAUAACCCUCUCCGAAGGGCGUGAUUUUAAGGAGAAAUCUGGGGAGUGUGGGAAGAGCAAAAAAAAAAAAAAGUUUCAACGGAAUUUCAGCCUCCGCUCCUCCAUUUUGAAGAGCUUCGCUCAAGUUUCAGUUUUGCCCACUUUGAUCCUCUGAGAACAUGACGAGUAUUAAUACUGCCAACAUCAACUUCAAAUGGGAUCCCAAGAGCCUGGAGAUCCGCACGCUGGCUGUGGAAAGGCUGCUUGAGCCUCUGGUCACCCAGGUUACCACCCUGGUGAACUCCAGCAACAAAGGCCCGUCCAACAAAAAGAAGGGGCGCUCCAAAAAGGCUCAUGUCCUGGCUGCCUCGGUCGAGACAGCCACAGAGAACUUCCUGGAGAAAGGCGAGAAGAUCGCCAAAGAGAGCCAGUUUCUCAAGGAGGAGCUGACUGCUGCUGUCGAAGAUGUCCGCAAGCAAGGAGAGUCCAUGCGGCAGGCCUCGGGGGAGUUUGCUGAAGACCCCUGCUCCUCUGUGAAGAGAGGCAACAUGGUCCGGGCGGCUCGCGCGCUUCUCUCAGCUGUCACUCACCUGCUCGUGUUGGCAGACAUGGCUGACGUUUACCAGCUCCUGCUGCAGCUCAAACUGGUGGAGGAGAAUUUGAUGAAGGUGCGUAACGCAGGGACCGAGCAGGACCUGGGCAUUCAGUACAAAGCUCUGAAACCGGAGGUGGACAAACUUAACAUGAUGGCAGCCAAGAGACAGCAGGAGCUGAAGGACGUCCACCAUAAGGACCAAAUGGCAGCAGCCCGAGGUGUGCUGCAGAGAAACAUCCCCAUGUUGUACACAGCAUCUCGUGCCUGCCUGCAGCACCCAGAUGUGGCUGCCUACAAGGCUAACCGGGACCUGAUCUACAAGCAGCUGCAGCACGCUGUGUCUGGGAUCUCCAAUGCCGCCCAGGCCACCAGCAGCGAGGACUCUACUUUCACCCACCCUGCCGGAGGCGGAGAGCUCGCUGGGGCACUCAACAACUUUGAUAAGCAGAUCAUCGUGGAUCCGCUGAAUUUCAGCGAGGAGCGUUUCCGCCCAUCCCUGGAGGAGAGGCUAGAGAGUAUAAUCAGUGGAGCCGCCCUCAUGGCCGACUCGUCCUGCACCCGGGACGACCGCCGCGAGCGCAUUGUGGCAGAGUGUAACUCUGUCCGCCAGGCCUUACAGGACCUCCUCACGGAGUACAUGGGCAACGCUGGACGCAAGGAUAAGAGUGAUGCUCUGAACAUGGCCAUUGACAGGAUGACUAAAAAGACCCGUGACCUACGCAGACAGCUGAGGAAGGCUGUGAUGGACCAUGUGUCAGACUCGUUUUUGGAGACCAACGUUCCUCUGCUGGUCCUCAUUGAGGCUGCCAAAAACGGCAAUGAAAAGGAGGUGAAGGAGUACGCCCAAGUUUUCCGCGAACAUGCCAACAAGCUGAUCGAGGUGGCUAACUUGGCAUGCUCCAUCUCCAAUAAUGAGGAGGGCGUGAAGCUGGUCCGCAUGGCCGCUUCCCAGCUGGAGACCCUGUGCCCUCAGGUGAUUAACGCUGCUUUGGCCCUGGCUGCCAAGCCCAACAGCAAGGUGGCGCAGGAUAAUAUGGACCUGUUUAAGGAACAGUGGGAGAAACAGGUGCGCGUGCUCACGGAUGCCGUCGACGACAUCACUUCCAUCGACGACUUCCUCUCCGUGUCCGAAAACCACAUCCUGGAGGAUGUGAAUAAAUGCGUGAUCGCUCUGCAGGAGAAGGACGUGGAUGGACUGGACCGCACCGCUGGGGCCAUCCGAGGCCGCGCGGCUCGCGUUGUCCACGUGGUCACUUCUGAAAUGGACAACUACGAGCCUGGAGUCUACACCGAGAAAGUUCUGGAAGCCACUAAACUGCUGACUGAAACAGUGAUGCCUCGUUUUACCGAGCAAGUGGAGGCAGCGGUGGAGGCUCUCAGCGCCAACCCCUCCCAGCCUGUGGAUGAGAACGAGUUCAUUGAUGCCUCCCGCCUGGUUUAUGACGGUGUGAGGGACAUCAGGAAGGCUGUACUUAUGAUCCGGACUCCAGAGGAGCUGGAUGACUCUGACUUUGAGACCGAAGACUUUGACUCUCGCAGCAGGACCAGUGUGCAGACAGAGGAUGACCAGCUCAUUGCUGGACAGAGUGCCCGGGCCAUCAUGGCUCAGCUGCCCCAGGAGCAGAAGGCCAAGAUUGCUGAGCAGGUGGCCAGCUUCCAGGAGGAGAAGAGCAAACUGGACGCUGAGGUGUCCAAGUGGGAUGACAGUGGCAAUGACAUCAUCGUGCUGGCCAAACAGAUGUGCAUGAUCAUGAUGGAAAUGACAGACUUCACCAGGGGGAAGGGUCCGCUGAAGAACACAUCUGACGUGAUCAGCGCCGCUAAGAAGAUUGCUGAGGCCGGCUCAAGGAUGGACAAACUGGGCCGCGCCAUCGCCGAUCAAUGUCCCGACUCGGCCUGUAAGCAGGACCUGCUGGCCUACCUGCAGCGUAUUGCGCUCUACUGCCACCAGCUCAACAUCUGCAGCAAAGUGAAGGCUGAAGUGCAGAACCUGGGAGGAGAGCUGGUUGUGUCCGGGCUGGACAGCGCCAUGUCUCUCAUCCAAGCUGCUAAGAAUCUGAUGAACGCUGUGGUGUCCACCGUUAAGGCUUCCUACGUGGCAUCCACCAAGUACCAGAAGAGCCAAGGCAUGCAGAACCUCAACAUGCCCGCCAUCUCCUGGAAGAUGAAGGCUCCUGAGAAGAAGCCUCUGGUCAAGCGUGAGAAGCAGGACGACGGCCAGGCCAACAAAGUGAAGCGGUCUUCCCAGAAGAAGCAGAUCAACCCUGUUCAGGCUCUGAGCGAGUUCAAAGCCAUGGAUAGUAUUUAAGUAGACCCACUCUCACAGCCACUUUGUUGCCCACGUCAAUCCUGAGGACCCACUGCCCUGUACUCUUAAGGCCACGGCACUGCAACCCAACGUUCUCCAACAAACAGCAUCGUUCUAAUUCUGGAACAUUAUAAAACACUGUAGACAUUAGAAUAGACAAGCCAAAUAAGUGUGAAUGGGUGGGAGAACAUUUCAGAACAGUGAGAAAUGACAUGGGGCAGCAUUUUAACAUGAGGGAGAACGUCAGCCAACGUUGGUUGUUGGAAAAAGUUGGGUCAGUGUGCCGUGGCCUUAAGUGAUUUCCACGAUUUAACUUGCUCCUAAUUAUGAACUGACUACCAACCCUUUAUGUGCUGAAUCAGGUUUCUUGAAGCAGGCAAAACUGGAACCGUACAAGGCAGUGUGUCCUCUGGAACCACUGCUGUAGAUCACUCUGGAGAUGUAGAUUGAUCCUUACGGGCUGUCGGAUUUGGGAGGUGUAUGUUUGAGAGCAUUCCUCUACCUUAGUCCUUAGUCAGCAGACUGUCACUUUAUAUUCACAGUUGCUUUGCUGAGCACACUGAGGUUUAUAUACUCCUAGUUCUAUUUAUUCACACGAUUGCAUUCUGCAGUGCUCAAUCUUUGUAUGCCUUUCCUUUCAGGCUCGUAAAACAAAAAAUAAGCAACUGGACUAGGGGCGUUCUUUUUCCCUUUGUUAUUUUUUUUUAGAUUGUUUCUAAAUAUUUUAUUAUUUUUUAUAUACAAACACGGUUAAGAAUUCCUUUCAUAUUCCCCUUUGAUACGAUCAUCUCAGCCUCCAAAUGUUUUCUAGUGUAGAUUUCAAACCUAUGCAAACUCAUAAAUGCCUUACUGUAUCACAUGCAAUAAUUCCAGUGUGUAGAUGUGAGCUGUUGAGGGGACGGUGUUUGGUUUUAAUCUCGAGACGAAAGUCGAUGCAUCUUAUUUUUUUCGCGUCUAAUAACUUUGCUAAUUUUUUUUUUUAACAACCAUUGUUUAAUAACACUAAAGUGACUCGCUGCAAGAACAUGCAUAUAUUUACUGUAUUACACAAACAGCGGUCAGAUUCCUUGUGCUAAUGAUGAAACGGAAAGCCAGUCAUCUUAAUGUAGCCAUCUCCCUCGAUUUUCCACCCUGACCCGGUCACUUGUUUAACAAGGAGUAAAUAAUGAGGGCAGCAUCCUGUGUGAGAGGAAGGUGCAGUAGGCCAUCGCAGUGAGACAGAAAGCGAGCGAGGAGAGGGAAAAGAGGUUAUGUAGAGCUAUAAGAGCUAGCGUUUAAAUCCAGGUGUCUUGCCCGAGGCCUCUACUCCUACUCGUCUCCCUGACUCGCCGAGACAGAUUUAAAUGAAUCAGCAUCCUCCUUAUUUGGUUGAGCGCUUGCCAAAGGGUUGGAAACUUUGUGCCUUAAAAGGCCAAGUGAGGCAGAGUUGGAGUCUUAUCCCCGAGUGCCGCCAAGCACCAUUGACCAUAAAUGAGUGCGGCCACCCCGAGCAAUCCCGGACGAGCCCACGAAUCACCCCUGCCGAUCAAUAUUCCUCACACGAACGUGAUGGAAACAAGUUCAAUAGUGCUUCUGGAUCUACCCUUGCACUCGGUAGGCUGAAAGGGAAAGGAAAUUCUCCCGGUGGCUUUAACCUUUCAUAUUCGAUUGUUCUUGCUUUGUUGAACUUUUUUUCCCUUUUGUAGAAUGAAUAAAAGUCUUGUCUCGACUUCAUUUCGUGGUCCUACCGCGGAGGGAAGUGUGAGGCGACGGGCUGAUUUCUCGCUCGGAGUGUGUGACCCGGGGUGGAAUUGUGUGGAGCUUUAACUGGUCAACGGGGGGAAAGCUUUUUACAUUAGUGAGAGCAGUGGGUGGUAAAAUGUUGCAUCCAGAGUGCUACUCCAGCCAUGCAUAUUCACCAGCACGCUGCGAUUCCUUCUGAACCAGACUGCCACUUCCAUCCAGAUCCCAGCAGAGAUGCGUUCACUUGUUUCUGCAUUUGUACACACAGUGGAGCGAUGUGACUGACGUAACUUGACAGAUGGCUAAAGAAUCUCGUCUUUUUUUUUUUGUUUAUGUGCGCAAGUUUGUUUGCAUCUUCCUUAAAUCGCAUGCCGCUACACACACAGGUUUGGGAGGAUUAAGUUGCCUUUCUUUGUAUGUAAACAUUUUGGGUGUGGAUUUUUUGUUUUCCUUUUUCCCUGUGAUUUGUAUGAGAUCUGUAUGAGUGGAUUUGCUUUGCAGUGAUCACUAUUUGAUAGAAAUUUGGAGCUGCAUAAUAUUUUUCAUACACAUGUACUGCCUUUAUUUCAAACAAUAAAUCGAACAAAUUCA